UCAACCAGCCAACAACAAUAUCAAAGACAUACAAUCAUCAUCAUCAUCACUCUUAACAACCAACUUACUCACUUACACUACAAGUGCCACCACCAGCCAACCAACCAACCAACAAGCAAAAAUGAAGUCCGUCGCUGUUCUCUCAUCCAUCCUCCUCGGAGCCGCCUCCGUCUUUGGAGCUCCCGUGACCGAGAAGCGAGCCGAAGCUCCGACUGAGUUCGACAUCACCAAGUUCAGCGCCAACACCCUACCCCACGGCACCGGAGCCUUCAUCUCCUUCGAUGUCGCCAUCCCCAACACCUCCGUCUCCACGACCUGCAAGUACUCGGACCAAUCAUCCGUCGCGAAGCUCCCUUCAGUAUCUCUCCGAGCUUGCGACGACCCAGCCUUCGAGUGGCAGUUCCACCAGGACCCGUCGCAGCCCGGCACCGAGGGCCGUUACCGCGUCCUCGUGACCUACGCCUACGACAGCCCCAAGAAGGUCGCCGGCUUCCACGAGUGGCCCGCCACCGAGUUCCCCCUGGAGAACUUCGGCUCCACCGUAGCCACCUUCUACCGCGGCGAGCCCGACUUCGCCAUGACCAACGUCUCUUAAAGUCGGAGCCCAGUUGAGGGUGUCGAGAAUUAAUUCCUGCUUGUUUCCUUAGAUCGCUUUUCUUGAUAGAGUAUAUAAGCAUAGACACGCUCAGACUACAUAUAGAUCUUCAUCUGCUCAGAGCCAAUAGGGGGAUGUUUUGAGGAAGGAGUCCUAAAGAGGGGUAUUGUUCAAGUUUACAGAAUUAGCAAUUAAUAGCAAAUGCAUACUCUCUUUUUUAUUCA